CCUUGGCGGCGGCAGUGGCGGUGGUGGCGGCGGCCGCGGCGACGACGACGGCGGCGUUGGCGGCGGCGGCUGAGGCAGAGGAGUGGCGGUAGCAGCGGCGGGGACCCGUGCGGGGAUGGCGGAGGUACCGCCUGGGCCUAGCAGCCUCCUCCCACCACCAGCACCUCCGGCCCCGGCGGCCGCCGCCGAGCCCCGCUGCCCGUUCCCGGCCGGGGCCGCCCUCGCCUGCUGCAGCGAAGAGGAGGAAGACGACGAGGAGCACGAAGGCGGCGGCAGGGGCAGGGACGAGGACCGGGGCCGCAGCGGCAGGAGCCCGGCGGGCGGCGAGGCGGCGGCCAAGGGGCACCCGUGUCUCCGCUGCCCGCCGCCACCGCCUCCACCGGAGCAGCAGCAGCAGCAGCUCAACGGCUUGAUCAACCCCGAACUGCGACACCUCCGGGCGGCCGCCUCCCUCAAGAGCAAAGUCCUGAGUGCAGCCGAGGCGGCCGCGAUCACGACCACCCCGGACGGGGACCCUAAAGUGACUGCCACAAAAGGUGCCGGGGUAUACACCGGCGAAAGAUCCCCUCACUCCUUCCCUAAUAAUGCAAGAACUGCACUCCCCAGCCCGUCCGAGGCAGCAGCGGAGAGCGACCCCGCGGCGGCCCGCAAUGGACUGGCCGAGGGCCCCGAGCUGGAGGAAGAGGAGGAGGAGGAGGAGGAAGAUGAGCAGGUGCGACUGCUGUCUUCGUCCCUGACCGCCGGUUGCAGUUUAAGAAGCCCCACGGGUCGGGAGGUCGAGCCUGGGGAGGAUCGGACGAUAAGAUAUGUCCGCUAUGAAUCCGAGCUCCAAAUGCCUGAUAUCAUGAGACUGAUCACCAAAGAUCUGUCUGAACCCUACUCCAUUUAUACGUAUAGAUACUUUAUCCACAACUGGCCACAGCUGUGCUUCUUGGCCAUGGUAGGGGAGGAGUGUGUAGGUGCCAUCGUUUGCAAGUUGGAUAUGCACAAAAAGAUGUUCCGCAGAGGUUAUAUAGCCAUGUUAGCCGUGGAUUCCAAAUACAGGAGAAAUGGCAUUGGUACUAACUUGGUUAAGAAAGCUAUAUAUGCUAUGGUUGAAGGAGACUGUGAUGAGGUUGUUUUGGAAACAGAAAUAACAAAUAAGUCUGCUUUGAAACUUUAUGAAAAUCUUGGUUUUGUUCGAGAUAAGAGGCUAUUCAGAUACUAUUUAAAUGGAGUUGAUGCACUGCGACUUAAACUGUGGCUACGUUAAGAAACUGACAUCAAAGAACAACUUCCAACCACAAAGAAUCGACUUUUGCAUGCAAUGCAAUUUGUACAGAAUUGCUUUGCAGGUGGAUUUAAUAAUUUCCAUACAGCUCUUACCUGUCAGUGUCUCAUUGAGUGUCGCACAAUAUUUGUUGCACUUUGGCAUGGCGCGUUUGUUCUGAAUUAAAAGAGAUUGUUUUAAACUUCAAGCGUUCUUUUGGUACCAACAAGAUGUGCCAUUUGAUAGCCAAGAUUUGUUCAUUUGCAAAGUCUACUGACAAUGUUAUUUACAUAGUGACCAUUUUAUCACAGAACCAGUGAAUGGAACAUGAUUUUUGUUCCUUAAAAAAAGCCAGUGUAGAUUGUAAAAAUCUUUUAAGCAUACAAACAUUUCACAUGAAACCUGCCAUAGUUUUCUGAAGGGAGUGAGGGAAAAGCUUCAAUUUAAAAUUUUAUUUUUCAAUAUUAAAUUUCCAUUCUUGAAUUUUGGUACCUCAGUGAUUAGUGAAUGAAAAAAAUGUAGGGUGGGAUAUGUCUUACAAUGAGUAAAGAUAACAAUUAAAUUGUGUCUGCCAGUGCCUGUGUAGAUAAGUAUUCUUGUCUUCUUCAUCUAUAGUUUUCUAUUGCAUGCUGACUUUCUUUUCUUUAAGGCCUUUACAAGCAGACUUUUAUUUUUAUUUAAAUCAAAAUUCGAUAAUAAAUUAUUUCAGAUUUUUAUAAUUUGGAUACUUUUUCCAGGUGAGUGACAGAGUGCUUUACUUUAGAGAUCUCUUUCCUUACAGUAAGAAGUUCAGUCUACUUGGAAAAUGUUUGAGAAAUAGCUCAAAAAGGAUAAGAAAAAUUGAUGGAGCUGGGAAUUGCUGGGUUUUAGAUGCACUUUUUUUUUCAAGAGUGGGGGAUCUUUUUGGAAAAUAAUAAAAUUAAUGUAAAUUGGUAUGAUUUUAUUUAAUCAAAAUUAUUGCAAAGCUGUGAAGAACAGCUUCAAUAAAGUAGCUGGUUUUUUGUUUUUUUUUUUUCCCAUUUAACUAAGAUUAUAUUUUGCUUCCAUUUCUUAAAAUGUUUCAUUUUUGGUUUUUGGUCUUGGAAAUAAAUUUAAAGGUGCGUUGUACCCAUUUUAAGCUGCUUUAUUUUCUUUUCACUUGUAUGAUCAGAUUUUUUGAGGAACUUUGUUCUAUUCCUCCAGAAAGACGAAAAGGAGAAAUGCAAAUCUUUUUGUAAAUGAGUUCUUAUGGUUUUCUAAACAGCUAUUUUCACUGUAUUCAAGAUAAUCAGUUCAGUGUAACAAAUUUUAAAGUUAAUUUGUUUCAGUUGAGUCAGUAAACCUGUAUUUGAUAAUUUUAUUUAAUUGGAAAACCUAGAUAAGUAAAAGGAUGAACUUUCUGAAUAAAUAUUUUGUAGGUAUCUGUGUUAUUUUCAUUUGAAUAUGCAUUAUAUCUGUCUAGAAUUUGGUUUGAAUUUUAUGACUAUAAUUACUGUAUUUUUUAAAACCCUACCUCCAUUAACACUUGGUAAAGGCCCCUGUUCAGGAAAGUUUGUUGCUCUUUUUUUUUUUUUUUAAGGAAAGCUGCUCUUUGUUUAUUAUAGUGUUUUGAAAGUGAACAUGGUAACAGUACUUCUAAAAAUAAAGAUACACAAUUUAUAUUUGAUGAAAAUAAAAACUUCCUGUUGGUGGGAUCAUUUAUAAUUCCUUAUUUUUAAGAAAACAUUUUCUAUUUUACAUUGCUUUUUGAAGUUGAAUGGGCAGAAUAUUGGUUAUAUUAAAAAUGUAAUGACCAAACAGUACUUAGCUUUUCAGCUGACCAUUUUGUCAGUUUUUGGUCCAGCUUUAUUUGGGUUAUAACAUUCAAAAAAUGUCAAUCAUAGUGAUACUUCUGUUAUAUUGAAUAACAGAAGGAAACUAGCUAAUGAAGGAAACGAGAUAAAACACUAUUUACAUCAUCAUAUUUUAUUUUUCUCCUUUAUAUUUGACUUGCUGGUUCUUAGGUAUUGUUGGUGUACAUAUAUUUGCUUGACUCACUAAUGGGGGCAGUUGUAAAAUAGAUACAUACUAUCAUCAGUUCAAUCAUUUUUAUAUUUUUGCCAGAUUUUCAUUGAAACCACCACUACUGACCCUAACCCCCAGUAUUGCUGAAUUAACUGGACAGAUUGACAAGGCUUUUAUAAAGAUGGCUUUUAACUAGUGAUUAAAAAGUCAAAUUGUUGCCAUAUUGUUCAACUGCUGUAUGUUGAGUAUCAGCGUACUAUAAAUCUUUAAUUCAUUAUGCAAAAAUUGUUUACCUAAAAUUUAAAAUUGUAGCAUGACAAUCUAGCACUCAAACUAAAAGCCUAUAUUCAAGUUGAACUAGCAUCAGACUAAGAUAGUAGGUUUUCAUUUUUCUUACAUUAGUUUAAAAUGGUUCCAUUUAUAAUUGACAGGGUUCAUUUGGCUAAAACUGAGCAAAACUGGUAUAACUUUCUUCCAAGUGGGUUCUGUCUCUUUAAAACUGACUGUACUAUCAACUGACACUGGUUUGGCAGUAAUACUGCUACCUUAUUAAGCUACAUAGUAUUAAAGCUGUUGGACAUACUGCCAAUUUUGAUACGGGCUAAAUAACUUUCCUUCCAUUGAAAUGAAACUACUUGGUUUAGAGAAGUCCACAGAUCUGAAACCAUAAAGUAGUUUUUGAAGGUGAUGCCAACCAAAUGAAAAAAACUUCUAUUAAAAAUUGGUGUAUAUAUAUAUACACACACACACACACACACACUUUUUUUUUCUUUUCCCGGUUACCUUCCUUCUUGCUUGACAGAUCUGUGUAAAGGAGUUUGUCAUGUUUUAACUUUCCCUGCCCUGUGUUACAGUAUUAGCUGACAUGUAUAGAACUGGAUGUAUAUGUUUUUAUGGUGUCUAAAAUCAUGAAGUUCAUCACUGUCCAGGAGCAUAGACAAAAUCAAAUCAGUAGCGCAUCAGUUUAAAUGCACCAUGACAUCACUAAAAUGAGUGCUAUAAGCUUAUAGGGCUUUCAGGUUUGUAAAGACAUAACCAUAAGUUAUAUUGACAUCAGAUACGAGUUGAGUAUAAGUGUAUCCCAAAAUAUUGGACUGUUUGAUGACUGGAUAUUGCUUCAUAAUUUUUUUUCUAUUUAUCCUUUUGAAGAGAGAUUUAAUGGGAUCUGAAAUGUGCAAGCUGUUGAAAAAAGAUGCAGUCAAAUAAAGUAUGGUUAAGUUGUGUUUGCAUUUUUCUUUUAA